GUUAGUUGUUAUACAGUCAGAUCAAUAUCAAAAGGAUUAAUAAUUUUAACCAUUGACCAACAAAGUGUAAGAGUAGCUUCACAAAAUCUUUUAUGUUUGUAUAAAACCAAGGGACAAUUUGACAGUGUAUAAUUGAAUUAUGGAUUGUACAGUUAUUCCAUGUUGUUUGUACAGAUUCUGUGAAGGACUGAAAACUCUUGGGGUUCUGGACCAAAUACGACGACAUCCAGACAGCUUCAGACCCCUGUUCUGCUAUGAGCCAAACACACUGACUGCUGACCAGGUGGAGGAUCUUUUCAGCAUUCAUCUCUCUCCAGAAGGGAGCAACAAGAGAGCUGCUGAAGAGAUGGUCAUCACUUUCUGGAGGGACUAUCUCCAAGAUGCAGAAGAAGAAGAAGGGCCAUCCAAACUAGAGAAGAUAUUGGCCUUCACAACUGGAGCAUCUGUGGUACCACCUAUCGGCUUUUCCCCAACUCCUUCUGUCCAGUUCAUACACAAAGGAGAUGAUGGCUUCUCUACAUCAAUGUUCCCUCUUGCCAACACAUGUGUUAACUGCAUCAAGUUGCCACUGCAUGUGUCUUACCAACUAUUCAAGGAGAAGUUUGACUUUGCAUUAGGAAACACAUAUGGGUUUGGCAGGGCGUGAACAUGUCAUGCUCUGAAAACCUUUUGUCUGUUUCUCACUUUCUCUGUUCGUCUCUACCUUUCUGCUGGUCUCAGUUGGUUUUAUAAAAACAAUUUAAAAUAAGAAAGAUUAGUUAUUUUCAUUUUUGAAGGCCCUAUGCAAUAUACCUUAUGUAUUUUA